AUGGCUCAUUUUACCCAGGAAUCUACACAAACGACUGCAUUUGCUCGCGUAGGAAAUACAGGGUUCUCAUCUGAAACGGGAAUAUCUACUCGAGAGUUGUCCACACGUGAGCUGAACACCUCACCCGGUUCAUCGUCGUGUAUGAUGAAUCUGUCUCCCAUGGUUUAUGCCAACCGAGUUGACAGCGCUCGUCCAUGGCUACCCGACACUUGUGAAUGGACCAAUCCACUGAAUUCCUCCCAAAUGAGCGCAGUCAGUAAAGCUGCCACCCAGUUCUUCAUAUCUUCCCUAAUUGGAUCGGAGGCGGAGCACGGUUACACAAACGGAACACAAAAUCAGACAACAGACAACAAUUUGGCUCAAACAUGGCACAGUUUGAUGACUCAAGGAUACAGCCAGUUGAUGCAUAGUCUGCGUUCGAACAGCUUUAAGCUGACCGGUGACACAUGGGUCAAACCUAAUGCAAUUACCGGUUCAAUACACAAUACGACGGUGAGUUUAAAUGGUCCCAUCGCUGGCGCUACACUGUCCACUGACGGGGCAUCCGCACACUGUGGUGAUUACGUAAACGAGUUGAACGAGUGUCGCAAAGACAACCCGAACGGGCUGUACUGUUCCGUGUGCGGCGAUGUGAGUAGUGGAAAGCAUUACGGAAUCCUCGCCUGCAACGGGUGUAGCGGAUUUUUCAAGCGGUCUGUUAGGCGUAAACUCAUCUACCGAUGCCAGGCAGGAACCGGAAUGUGUGUGAUUGAUAAAGCCCAUCGGAAUCAAUGUCAAGCCUGUCGGUUGAAAAAGUGCAUACGCAUGGGAAUGAACAAGGAUGCCGUACAAAAUGAACGACAACCGAGGAAUUCUUCCCAGAUGCGAAUUUCACACAUUUGCGUUCCGAACAAGUUGACUGAGAAUCCAAGCCCAGUGGAUGGUCGUUCAUUUAGCACUAAUAUGGAGCACGAGUCAGUCGGGUGUUCAAUGAUUUCACAAUUGGACGGAAAAAUCACGAUUUCAGCCAAUCCACCGUGUAUAACAACAAAACAGUCAGCUGGUGAAAAAGACAACGGAACAAGUGACAGUCUCUUAUCUACGAAUCUCGGUUCGGCAGAAUAUCUCACAAAAUGUCACACACAAACACAGCAAUUAUACAGACCCAGCAGACGCGGAUUUGAUAGUUUCCGGCGACAUCGACUGAAUGGUUCACAUUCAUUCAAAAGAAGCUAUUUUCCUCGAGUCAGUCACGUGACAAAGACAAGUGUUCCGGACAACGCACUAAUUGCCUGCUCCGCUUCAGACGAGCAAACAGUGAAAUACUCUAACUCGGGUGGAACACCUGAUUUGACACGAACACAAGGUCUCGGAAAAUUACAUGAUCUUCGUCUCGCAGUAGCAACACCUUGGUUAUUGCCUGCUCUAGCCACAUUACGAAACUUACCGCGGAACAGUGUCAUUGAAACCGGUUGUGUUUCCCACACUGAUUCGGGAAAUUUAUUUCCUAGUAGUUCAUCAUUGCUGCCUCCUCUUAUUGGAUCGACAGAUUUUUAUAGUCAACUGGCAUCGCUGUUUAACGCACCCAGUUGUCCAAAUGGACCGCAUAAGUCCUUGACUGAAACGGUGACAACCGCAUCUUCUUACACAAAAACUUCAAUUCCCGAAGCACGUGAUUUUGGCCUAUUGCCAAUGUCUUUUCCCGGUGUCAGGCCUCACGAAACACUGCGUACCCGUAUGGUCAAUAUGAGAUCGGACCUCACAGAUAAUAUGGAGAUGAAUGAAUCCCUGGCCAAAUUUGUGAUUCAACCCCAUCCGUAA